ACUGUUUAGACCACACCAAGCAGAAAGUGAUGGCUGAAAUGUGAGUGCGUGUUCUUCCCAGGGUGCGGCUGCUCUUGAGUGUAGGGUAAUUACGGUACCGGGCAUGCGCAGUGUUGUCAGGCAUCAUUAAGCUGUGCUGAAGGGGGCGAGAGGGAAAACAGUGGCAGGGAGAGCGAGGGCAGAAGUUGGAUGGCGCUUUCCUUUGUCGCCGUGUCUCUGCGCUCACAAACAACGACCAAGCUCAUCCGUGAUCCGUGAAAUCUUACCGUCUGUCACCGUUUCGUGUCCAAGCUAGUCCUUCGGAUUUCAUCUCACGAACGUAGGAACACUGGGUUAAAUGUAAUGAUGAUCAUGACAACAACACAAGCUGUCACUCAACGAUCAUCAGGUCCGCUCCCAUCCCGAACCCUUUGGCCACGAUGAUGGAGGAAUCGGUGACCACAUUUGAGACGCAUCUGACGGCUGUCAUGGACAGCCUGAUCCGAGCCUCGGUCUGUGAGAUCACCAAACUCUUCCAGGAGACGGUGAACGACUACCUGGUGGAGCUGUCCCUCAACAGGAAGGAGAACGAGGCUCUCAAACUGCGACUGAGGCUCACCGAGAACAAGCUGAGGACCGAGCGCAAGUACGGGAUGGGCUGGGCUGCCAACCGCCGCAACGCUGGGCUGGAGGAAGGAGCUGGAGGGCGGCAGAAACGAAAAGUUGAGAUGGCCCGAGGCAAGUCAAAAAAGGGCCUGGCAGCAGCCUAUGGCAAAGGCUGGCCUGGAGGUGUGUGGGAGGAAGGAGGAGGUAGCGGUGGUGGUGGGGGAGGAGGAGGAGGAGGAAGUGGAGUAGCUGUGGGGAUGGUAGCAGGAGCAGGAGGAAGAGGGGGGAAGGAGGCCAGGGAGAUGUACCUCAUCCAGUUCCCCGGGGAUGAAGAGGAUGAAGGAGGGAUGGCGGAGGACGAGGCAGGGGAGGGCAGCCUCAGCGGUGAGGGGGAGGAGACGGCCAACAUCAAAGAGGAGUUUCCUCAAACAGAGGGCUAUCAACCUGCCUCUCUCCAGCUAAUCAAGGAGGCUUUGAAGAUGGACCCGUCCAAUCAGAAGCUUCACACUGGUUCCAGAGCUCAAAGCGACGGAGACCUGUCAGAUCAUCCCCCGACCCUUCAUCCAGGAGAGACGGCGGAGGAGGACUGGGAGGCUGGCUCAGAAGAGCCAUCAGAGGGCGGCAUGACCAUGGAUGAACUGAGGGGUCUGGAGUCCGCGCUGAGGGCUGAGAGAGGUCGCGAGCAGGCUGCCAUGACAGCUUCCCAGCCUGUCAGCCCUGAGGUAGUGCAAGGCAGCGAGAUCAGCUUGGCCCCCAAGUACAUAGGUCUUGAUGGUAUGGAGCAGGAUGGAGAGCUGGAGCCUCAGCCGCCCACCCUUCAGAGAGAAGACCAGGUAGGGCAAGGCAUGGUAAAGGACAGUGUGAGGGCUGGAGUGGUUGGGGGAGGAGAGCUGAGGUUAGGCUGGUCGAAGAAGUUGAGAGAGGGCGACUCGGUCACAGUUAUGACUGCAGACGAAGGGAUGGAGCAGGGAGAGACAGAGCCCCUGUCCCACUUGUCGGCUCCUGGGAGUGUCGAAGAAAGUGGAGGGGAAGAGGAGGGUGUCGGGGACCUGCUCCACUUCUGCCCACAGUGCGGAGGAGGCUUCACCUCAGAGGCUGAGCUGGAGGAGCAUCCCUGUCCACUAGGAGGCGCCCAUUUACAGAGCAGCGGAGGAGAGGACAGUCUUUUCCCUUGUACCCACUGUGGCAACACAUUCAGCCACGCCUGGGCUCUGAAGAACCACGAGUGCGCCUGCGCUGCUGAACGGCCGCACUGCUGCGAGAUCUGCGGGAAGCGCUUCACACACUCUCGCUCACUGGAACGGCAUCAUCUAGUGCACACAGGCGAGAGGCCUCACCGGUGCCCGCAGUGUGGACGCAGCUUCAGUCGUCUGGGCAACUUGGAACGGCACCAGCGGAUCCACACAGGUGAACGUCCAUACGGGUGUGAAGCGUGUGGAAAACGCUUCAGUCGCGUGGAGUACUUAAAGAGACACCAACUCAUACACAACAGUGAAAAGGCCCCACUCCAGUGCUCCAACUGUGGAAGAGGCUUUAGUGAUGUGGAGCAACUGAAAAACCACCAGUGUUUUUAGAGUCCCUCCUUCAAAUAUCUGACAGAACUGGAAAAAAGAAAGAGCUGGUCUUUAAUUGAAUGUGGCAGAAUUUAGGUGAUGAAUGUGAAUGGCACAAUUUUAUUCUCUGUGUUUCAGAGUUGCCUUUCUUACACUCUGACUUGAUGAGAAGUUAAAUUGACUUGAAGGUAAGGAAGCAGAUGUGUGUGUGGAUGAUUUUUGUUGAGUAAGACAAUUGAGGAAGACAGCUGUACAUGGUGUUUCUCUGUAGGAGGAGAAAUAAACUCAAUCUCAGACGUCCAGCAAUUUUAAUUGGAGGUGUUCUCAUUUUUAUGUAAAAAGCUUGUACUUAUUUAUGAUCAAUAAAUUGUACAUUUUUAUCUUUUUAUCAGUAAUUCACUCAUGUUAAAUCUGAGCUAGGACCUUGUGUGUUUCUAUGACAAUAUCAUUGACAGCUUGGUGUUUUGUAUGUUUGUGUUUUGAUCAUAUCAUUGAGAAAUAAAUAUUUCAAGGCCA